CGAUGUAAGCUUUUCAGUCUUUAGACGGCGCUCGUUCGGUUAAGAACGUUGGGUUCUGGUCUCGUCUCGUGGAAGGUUGUGUUCUGUGAAGGGUUACCGUGCAUUGUAUCUACGGAGAUAGUGAUUUUUGGAUAUUGUUCCAAACUCCCCCUGGGCGGUUUUUGAUCGAAAAAAAAACUACCUUGUCAAGGCACCCGGCCAGUGCAGUUUGAAUACCGAAAACGGAACAACAAACGAGAGAAAGCCGGCCGUUGGCAGUUUGUUGAUUGGUGCUAGUGCCAACAAUGGGAAGAAGUGGUCAGUGAAGUGUGACGAGAGGCCUGUCCAGGAAGCGGAGAAGUUUUUGUUGUUCCCUGCUCUGUCAUAGUGGCACCAGCAGCGGUGUGUUGUAUAUUCUUCGUGUUUGCAAUUCUUCGUUCGGAGGAAGUUGAUUGAAUAAUUGCAUUUGUGUUUUCAUUCGCAUGGAUUCCCGAUGAGUUGGUGUGACGAAUAGUUCGACAGAAGGGGUGAAUGAUUCUGCAACGGUGAUCAAAGAUCGAUUUGGAGUAUAUUGUAUAUUACAGUGCGUGGUUUGAGGGAAUACCUGAAACGCCCAACCAACAGAGGAUAAAGAGAAAAGUCAAAAAGUGAAGUGGUUUGUGUGAUUGGCUCGACGGGCGAUCAUUUGAUCAUACAGGUGUGCAGAGUUGCUGGUUUGGUUGUGGUAGUGAAGGAAGAUUGCUAGAGCGAACAUGAAGAUCGAUUCCAAGUGGUUUAGUGGCAUAGCCGGUGGUGGAGGCCUGUUCAGCUCCACCACUACAGCGAUUCCGUUGCUGUUGAUGUUGAUGCCGAUGAUGACUCCGAUGGUUGCAUCUAGAACGCCGAUCGCGUUCACGGUAGAGGAGCACAUUAGCAAUGAUCCGGAUUUGUCACAGUUCUACGCUCUCACCGAGCAAAAUGAAGUGGCAUCGUUCAAUCUGAAGCAGAGAUCGUUGACCAUUUUUGCACCAACAAAUCAAGCAUUCCAGCGAUACUUUGGCAAUAAGACGUUGGUGCAGUAUCACAUGUCUAAUGUCGCGACAACACUGGAGCAGCUGGGAUCGAUCAUAACAUCGGAUUACGACGGCAAUCCGCCCAUCUACGUUACCAGAAGGCGUCAACCUGAUGGAACCGAAGACAUUUAUGUCAACAAUGCCAAAAUCAUUCGUAAUCGGUCGAACGUUCAAAUGUCCAAUCAGCUCGGGAAAAAGCAGGUGCUGCACAUAAUUGAUGACGUAUUAACACCCUUGACAGUCAAUCCAUCAACCUCGUUCGAGGUGUUUAAUCCGGACGCCUACCAAUUCAUCCAGCAUGCCGAAAACAUGGACAUUAGUCAACAUAGAAUCCGCUCCUUCCGACAAAAAAUUAUGUUGGCUAGAAAGGAAGACAUCUACAGGGCAGUCGGUGGUCAUACAUUCCUCAUCCCGGUCGAAGAAGGUUUCAAGCCUCCACCACGACCAGACAUGAUUGAUCGCAAAGUGAUCGACGGCCACGUGAUUCCAAAUCAUGUCAUCUUUACGGCACCGGCUCCGCUAGACGAUCCGCUAGAAACACUAGCCUUCGAAGAUAAUCUCAAAGUGACAGUCACCUUUUUCAAGCAAGGCGAGGGCAAGAACGCAAAAGUUUAUGUUCGCUCGAAUACGGUGAUAGGGGAUUCAAAACACGCGUCCGGUGCCGUUCUGGCCGAAAUAGUCAAAGCGAAUAUUCCUGUUAAGAAUGGAGUGGUCCACCUGAUUCAUCGUCCUCUGAUGGUCGUUGAUACAACCGUGUUGCAGUUUCUGGAGGAAAAGGAGGAUGGACCGCUGUAUAAAUUCUACGAGUUGAUUGAGGAUUUCGCACCGGACUUUUUCAAAACUAUGAGCAACUUACAGCAGAUGACACUGUUUGCACCCAGCAAUGAAGCGUUAAGUCAUCCAAUUGUGCACAACUUUAUCAGUAACUUAACUUCAAACAUAACUAGAGGUCUUGACGGGAAUGACCAUUCCACUGGGAAUCGUGAAAAACUAAGGGAAAUCCUCAACCUGCAUCUGGUGCGCGACAGUAUCACAACCGAUAAAAUCCGCAAGAACAAUCAAAACCAGAUUUACCAAAUUCCUACCGGAGCAGACAGGAAGUUUCUGUACUUUAACGUUAUCACAAAUCGGUACGACCAUAAUCAGACAAUCACAGUAGAAGGUGGAGGCGUCAAUGCAACGAUUAUCCUGAGUGAUAUUGCCGCUACCAAUGGAUAUCUACACAUCAUCGAUCGUGUGCUGGGUAUUCCAUACAUGACCGUUCAGGAAAAGAUUGAAACCGACCCCAUGUUGAAUCUUACGUACCAGUUCGGUCGCCUGAACCAAUUCAAUGAACAGCUAAACAAGACAACCAAACGCUUCACCUACUUCAUCCCUCGUGACAAGGCGUGGAUGCAAUGGUUUCACGAGCAUCAAGGAGCACACUUGAACAGUUUCCUAACUGACAUUUAUCAGUCAAGAUCCGUCCUAGAGCGUCAUCUGGUGGUGGCAGAUCGGGUGUUUACCAUGUCGGAUCUGAGAAACAUGUCCAACGAUUCGCUCAUCCUGCCAACGGUUGGACCGCAUAACCUACAGAUUCGAGUGAAAGAGGAAGACCGAACCGAAGAUGAUUACUCGAGUUCACUUCAGUCUGGAUUCUUCAUUCAAUGGAAGGAAACUGGCAAGUGGAUCCCGGUGUUCCGACCGGACGUCGAGUGUACAAACGGAGUUAUCCAUGUAAUCGACGCACCUCUGGUGCGUGAUCACGACAUCACAACCAGUGGCAGUAGCAGCAUAAGUGGUUAUGCUACAACCGUUGUUAUAACCCUUGCAAACACGGUUCUACUGUCGGCUCUGGCAUUCCUCUAAGGACCUGCCCCGCAAUAGAUAGGAGCUUAGAUAUUUCGAAGAUGAUAACGAAAAACAAAAAGAGCAGAACCAUGGCACCAGAAGCUGCAGCAACAUAGGAAUAUCCUGAACAUUUCAUCGUAGGAUGUUCCAUUCAUUUUUUUAGGAGAAUCAAAAGCACAGCGAAGAGGAAUGCAGUAGAGCAGUAAGAACGUCGUAGACCAACAUUAGAUGAUGAUGGAUUAUUUUCUAGCUAGUGACAUCUAUUUGAGGAAAAUCCCGACUGGAAAUAUUUUUCCUCCGUACUACUUUGGAUCGACACCAAGGCGCAUCACUGCUCUAAUGGGAUGAAAAGAAAAACAUUUUUCCUCUCCGCGGGAUUAUUUUUUGCUGGCUGCAUACCCUGCCUAUCUUUCGAACCACAGCAGCUAGCAGCAGUACGACUUUUGUUCAAAUGCUGCCGAAAGAGCACUAUUCUCUAGCGAGUGAGGGUGGAUUAAGUUCUUCUGCUUCGUUGGUCAUAUUUUUGGAAUGACCCAUUGUCCGUAUUUUGCUUUUGCCACUCUAGAAAGAAGCUCUUAAAAUUUUCCCCCAUAAUUAAACUGGCUGUAUUUAUUCGGUCUCUCACUGCACUGCUGCUCCAAUUAGAGCCAUUUCCAAAUAUAUAUAUACAUAUAUUUUCAACGAUCGACAGCUACGGGGUUACAUCAGCUAUUAGCAGUUCUCAAGAUGCCCCACGAAAGACAGUUAGGUAUAAUAAUUAACGAAGAAGUUUUGAUAAAAAAAAUAUUAUUUUUGUGCUUACUUUCGUGAUAUUUUUAUUUUCUUUUUCUUUUACUUUGCCUCUUGAGCUUGUCUUUAAGUUGAGUUUUUUUUUAAACUUUUCAUACAAUACAAGAAAAGAUUAAUAAACAAAAUACUGCCGUAAAAAUAUUCAAUCUGAUGAAUAAAGGAUGAAACAGGAUUUUAAGCAUGAAACUCCAUGUGAAAAUUAGUAACAAAUAAUAGGAAAUCAUUGGUCAUGUUUUCUAUACACGUUCAUCGAUGUAAUGAGGGAGACAAAGCUAGAUGUCAUACGAUGCGAUAUUAGUCCUACUUUGUACUUUUCCAGAAAAAAAAAAUAAGCAUGAAAAAAUCUGAGGAGUCAAUAAUGUUCUGCAACUAAACAUAGCACGAAGGUAUCUUUAAUCAAUUGAACGGAAAUAUACGGGAAUAUUUCGGAAUUAUUGAACUGUUUCUGCAUCACAAACAUAGAGGAGCUUCCACGAGCGUAGUUGUUCAAAGAAUUCAAUGUUUAGUCGCGGAAUAUAAACGACGGAAUGAGAUUUUUUUUUCAAACAUUACAGUCUUAUUUCGUAAUAAAAUUUGAUAAUUUUGACACCAAAUUACUAUUAAUUAACCCAAGUAACUUUGUUGUUACUUGAGUUAUAUUAUGUCCCUCCAGAAAAAAAAAUAUGCAUUUCGAGCGAAUGACCAUAACUUAAACAAAACGUUACGUUCUUAAAACGACCAUGCGCAUCUUGUUGUUUCAGACGAUAUUGUAUUUCGUCGUAUCGAUCAGAAAAAAAAACGCAAUUUUAUUUACACAAGGCAUGUGAGUAGAAGUCAAAUAUAAGGAACAUUAUCGAUCUAGAUGUUGCUAGAAAAUGAAUGGCAUUUUUUUCCCACGGAAAGUUUCUGAAAUCAUCAAGUUGCACAGCAUAUUUUUUUUUCCAAAAUACAGUAGUAUUUCAUUUAUACAUAAAAUCCAACCCAAAAUGUAAAUCUGGAAUAUUCUCGCUUCACAUGAAAAAAAAAAUACAAAAAAAACAAAGAUUUAUUUUUUAAACCUAACCUCAAUCAGUUGGUGUGCCUUAUUGGAGAAUAAACAAAUGUAAGUAUAUAAAUUAGUAGCAAAUUGAUCAUUAUAUUCGGAAGAUAGUUCUCAUCAAUUCCAGGAAAAAGAUGCCAUUAAUUUGCUGUAAAAAGGAAUGAUUUUGUUAAUGAUAAUUAUUAGAUGAUUAACAAAGAUCUUUAGAAAUUAUUAGUAACAGAAAAGAGUAAUUUACAACAGAAAAGUGAAUGUGACAAAUUAUUUGUAACCAGAAUUUAAGUACACUUAUUGCCUUUUCAUACAAAAUUUAAAAAAAAAAUCAAUACAAAAAAGAACAGACAUUAUUCAUAAGCUAUUAUUGCGAAGUGGUAAAGUUUAAAAUGAAUUAUAAUAAUUAAACGGUAAGAUUGAUGCUGUAAGACCUUUUAAAGUAGUAUCCCACUUUUCUAACUGAUAUUCUAUGCAAAUAUUUUAAUUCAACGUGCUGGAUAUGUGUAAUUGUUUGUGGUAGUUUAUGUGAAACAAUAAAUUUUCUUACAGUAAACAGUAAGAUGACUAUUUUAAAGACAGAAUAUUUUGUUCCGUGCGAUAUUAUAUUGAGUAUAUUUCAACAAACCACUACUAACGGUAGCACUAUUACUAAAACUAUUUUUUGCUAUGACUAUACCAAAAACAAAACCGCUUAAUGGAUAGAAAUGAUCGACUAUUCUGUUCAAAUAAGCAUUGCAACUUCAUUCUCUCAACUCUCCAUCAUUCAUUUCUCGAUGUUAGGACAAACAUUCAUCGAAACCAUAUUUAUAAUACGGAAAAAAAAGAAAUGUAAACUCUCCUGAGCAGAUCAUUCACUUUCUAGUUCAAAUUAUAGCAUUACACGUUUUAGAUAAACAAAAAAGAGUAUUUAAGCGUAAUAAAAAAAAAAUCGUUGGCUUUGAAUAUGGCAGUAACUAAGAAACUGAUCGGUAAUCCCAUCUCGGAAAGAACAAUAGAAGCAAAUAUACACAUGUAGGAAUAAAGAAAACAAAUUGGAAUUGCAUCAACUAACUACUGCGGGCGGAGAGUACAGGAGAAUGAUUGUAUAAAUUAAUGCUAAGUCCAAACUGAAGGUAAAACGUAAAACAAUCGUAACUGAUGAUGUAUAGAACAAAAGAUGUGAAUCCUAGGCAUGCGGAAGUAUUUCAGCUGGAUGAUUUGAAUCAAAUGAAGCGAUAAUAAACUAUUCAUACAGUCUGAGAUUGAUAUAUGAAA